CCUGCAGUACUUUAGUUUUCGCCCAUUCCGCUAUAUUGCACAUUUUGUGACGUCAUCAUAGUUGGCUUAUUUUGCCGUAAUCACAAUGAUCUAUUCGGCGUUUUAAAACUGCAAGAAACUACACAAAAAACGGUACCCGUGCUUUCCAAGAAUCCUCCUGUUCAAAAUCAAUCACAUCUGAAAAAUCUGGAGGUGGUUUACGCUGUUUAUAACGUUUGAAUUCGCGACGAAAUUUUGGUAAACUCUCCGCCAUCUUGAAAGAGGCGGGAGAUGGGAGGAUUGGUGUCGAGUGAAAAAGCAAGAUGGCGACCUCUGGAGGGCAAAAAGACGAACAUUUAAUGGAUUCUAGCGGGACGGUUUUCCAAGAUAGGAGCCCAAAUGAAGAUGAUUUUGAUAGUGAUUCUGAUGAUGAAGAAAUUGUAAGUAUGAAAUUCUUGUACCAUGCUUUUUUGAGCGAGAAAAAGGCAUGCAAAAUAACCCUAGCUUGUGAAAUACACGAGCCACAGCGAGUGUAUACGACCCCCAAAUAGAUAUUAGCGCUGUAUAGUUUAUAGAAAUGCCGUUUUCUUUAAUAGUCGGUUUUAUUUUUGUCCUGGGAUAGUGAAAUUCAUGAAUUAAAGUUGUACAGUAUAAAUAAAAGUGGGAUUUAUAAAUGCCAAAUGGAUACACUCAUACACUACCUGAAAAGUAGGCAAAAUACAACUUACAAGGAGAACUUCGACGUUUCGAGCGUCGGGAAUUUAGUGAGCUUCAAUUGAUGCUAAAUAGACCUCUUUAUAACCUUAACAUUGUUUUUUUCCCCUUUUAUAGACAAAGUUAAAAUCUGGUAUGUUGCUUUUAGUAGUUUAUACCAUGCAGUAUAAAAUAACACAACGUAGCUCAAACAGCUACAUUGAGCAGUUGAUAUUUGAAGGAAGAACAUUAUUAUAAAGUUUUAGUUUUGUCUUUUACAGAACUUUCAACCAUUCCAUUUUGUGAACUCCAAGCUCUGAAAGAUAAAAUUGGGGUGAAAAAGUAAGGACAAAUACUGUAAUAAGGACUUCAUCCCAAUAUUUUCUAUAGUAUGGGAAUUAUGGGAUAAAUAGAUCUAUCUUACUUUUGUAAACAUAUUGUUUAGGUUUAAUGCUGCUCUGCAUGGCUCUUCAAAUACUGUGAAGAAUAGAAAUGAAUCAACACUGAAAAGAAAGAACAAAAACAGGUCUUCAUGUUUGCUUGUCUUGUUACUGUAGUUACUCGUUAGUUGCUUGUUAGUCCUCAUUUUUUGCUUGUUAGUCCCCAUUUGUUGCUCGUUAGUUGCUCGUUAGUCCUCAUUUGUUGCUCGUUAGUCCUCAUUUGUUGCUCGUUAGCCCUCAUUUUUUGCUCGUUAGUUGCUAGUUGGUCCUCAUUUUUUGCUUGUUAGUCCCCAUUUGUUGCUCGUUAGUUGCUCGUUAGUCCUCAUUUGUUGCUCGUUAGUCCUCACUUGUUGCUCGUUAGUCCUCAUUUGUUGCUCGUUAGCCCUCAUUUUUUGCUCGUUAGUUGCUAGUUGGUCCUCAUUUGAGAAUUUCUCAUUAGCACCCAUUUAGGAGUUGUCAAUUAGUGCCCAAUGAAGAGUACUUGACAGUUCUAAUUUGAGAAUUGCUCAUUAGUGCUCAUUACAGAAUUGAUUAUUAUUAUUGUUCACUGUGAUUAUUACAAAUGUUGCUUGUUAAAUAGUAUUAAUUUAAGAGUUGUCAAUUAGUGCUCCGUUUAAGAGUUAGUUGUUCAUGCUAAUUAAAUAAUUGAGUUUCUCAUUAGUUCUUAUUUGAGAGUUGCUUGUUAGUGCUUGUUAAAAAAUUGACAAUUAGUGUUCAUUAGAAAUAGCUUGGUAGAACUUGUUAGCUCUAUAAAUUUGAGAUUUGCUCAAUUCUUGUCAAUUCUCCAUGUAAUGAUAGCUUAUUACCCUUCAUAUAGGAUUUGCUUUGGAUUUCUUUGAGAUUAGUGCUUAUUUUUAUCAUUAACUUAAUUAGUAAAUCUUAUAUUAUAUCUUAGACCUCGUGAAAUGUCAUCAAAGAGACCUGUGUCAAAGUUUAAACAAGUUGUGCCUGUCACAAAAAAGGUUAUUUAAAAUAUCCUGUGUUUAUCUCUCAUGUUGGGACAAUAAAUUUGUAGUUUCUACUAACAGUAUAUUUUUCUAUUUAGGUGUCCAGGGAUCCUAGAUUUGACAAUCUCUCUGGAAAAUUUAAUGAAAACAUGUUUGAAAAAGCUUACUCAUUUUUGGAUGAUAUAAGAAGCCAAGAAAAAGAGGUGAAUAAUAUAGAGAAUAGAUCGUUUGAUACUGUGAGGCAUUUAGCCAAUAUCCUAAGGGUUUUUCUCAGCCCUUAAAGUAACAGUUUGUACGCGAUUAUUUUUAGCAAGUGAAGAAAGCCAUUACCAGGGAGAAGGACCCAAAUCAGAAAACAAAACUGCAUUCAUUGCACAAGAGAAUGGUAAAAUAGUUAUUUUUGUUGUUGCUAUUGUUGUUGUUGUUGUUGUUUCUGUUGUGCUGUAUUACUGAACUCUUUCUUCAUAAAUUUAGGAGCAAGCAGAAAAGUCGAGAAAUCUCAAGAAAAUACGAAAAGAAAAACAGAAAGAAAGAAGCCAGAAAGAACUAUCUUUGAUAAAGCAAGGAAAACGACCAUUUUAUUUAAAGAAAUGUAAGCAUCUUUUAACAUACUUUUAUUGGCUGUUUCGUUUGCCUGGUGUAAGUUACUGCCUAUUCUGCAUUUUCGUUUGUUCCUAGUGGCAGAAAUGCUGUAUUCUUAUGUAGAGUUAAAUAGAGAAAUGUCGUAAAAACUAACCUCUGUACAAAUAUUGAAAAUGCAGAAUAGGCAGUAACUGAAAUCAGGCCAGCAUUACAUUAAAUACUUCGACACACUUUGUUUUUCGGCCAGCGAUUGAGGCAAGUUGCAAACGACUUACUUUAUUCUCAGAUUUAGCGAUAAACAACGUCGCGUUAUAUAAUUCACAGUUCACAGUUGAAGCCAUAUUUCAACCGUGAUAUGUAAAUUAGAAUAAAUAGUCAUGGGCGUGAUUUAUGGCCAUAAUAAAUACCCCUGGCCGUUGUUAAAUUAUUUCCAUUACGAUUUAUUUUAGCGGAAAGAAAGAAACUAGAAUUAGCUGAGAAGUAUAAGACUUUGAAGGGAUCGAAAAAACUUGAUCAAUAUAUGAAUAAAAAGAGGAAGAAAAAUGCGAUGAAACAACGCAAACGUCUGCCCAAAGAACGUGAAUGAAAUUGUCGCAUCAUCUGUCUAACAAAAGCUGGAAGAUAACAUUCCGUGGUAGCUCCUUCUGUCCUUGGCUGCGGCUGCCUUGGCAAAGUCAUGAUUGGUCCCGUACCGCAGUUUACCGAAACCUGUCGUCUGUCGCGGACGUUGCCCAGUGACUAAAUUGAGCCUUUGAAAUGGAAGAACAAAAGAGUUUACUGUAUAUAUUUGUUACUAUAAACUACAGGAUUAUAUAUAAAAACUGCGUGUGAUAAAUUACAUGACUGAUAAAUUACAUGACUGAUUUUAUGCAUGAUUGGUUUCUUACAGUAAUCUACUAAUCUUUACAAAAAGUUAAGAAUUUAUACGUCAGAGGCUACUAUGGCAAAAAAGUCCAAGUUUUAGAGGUCGCGCGUUGGUCUUAAUGUACAUCAAAUUGUUUGGUGCUUUGAUAGUUCAUAAAACAUCUUCUAACUUUACACCCUAUGAAUUCAAAUGUCAUUUUAAGCCAUCCUUUUUUUUGCGCAAGCCAUUUCAAAGCGGGU